AUGUACUCUCCUGAAGAAACAUUAAUGAACAGCUUUUUAUAUCUUAAGCUGGGACGGCGCACAAGACAAGAGUUGCUAGCUGUUCAAGAAAAUUUUAUUAAAACUUUUGAAAUAGCACAAGCUAAAAAUUUGUAUUUUUUUCAGACAACAGACAGCACCUUUGCCAAUAGAAAUACGAGUACCAUAAAUGUUGAACUUAUUCCUACGAAUCGUAUCGCCAUCUCUGAUUUAGAAGUUGGAAAAGUUCAUACUGGCAAAUUUGUGCUGUGUCGUGUAAUCACAAAAUGUGUGAAACUUACAGCCCUUACCACGGUUAUUGAAGAUCCGGAAGGCGACGUAGAACGCUUAUCUGCAUAUAAUUAUAUUCCAGUAAAUAAAAUACCUAACGCUAAAAUAUUAUCAGUAGAUCAAGCGUCUCUAUUUCUCCCGAUUGGCACCAUUCUUGCAAUUCAAAACCCAUAUUAUAAGGUUGGUUCCCAAGACGGAGCAACCAUGAUUCGAUCUGAUAAUCCAAGUGAAAUCGUGAUUUUGAAGCCAGAUGAUAAACUUCUUACCCAAGUAGGAUGGAAAACAGGUAGUAACUCAUUUACGAAUGUGAAGACUGAAACACAGAACAUUCCAUCGGCUGAUAGUUUUCGUGUACGCGGGAACGAGCACUUUGGAAAGAAUGACUUUACAUCGGCUGUUGACGAAUAUUUACGUGGCAUUGAAUUGUAUCCACAAAAUGUGUUGCUUUAUGCAAAUAAAGCAGAGGCGCACUUGCGUUUGAGUCAAUUCAUAGAAGCACUUCACAAUACGGAAAUGGCGUUGAAGCUUGAUCCCAAACACUUAAAAGCUGGAAUCCGUAAAGGUAAAGCUCUGAAACAUCUCAAGCGAUAUGAAGAAUCAGCAAAUGUCUUUCGAGAUCUUCUUAGAAAUCCAGCAAUAAAAAAUUCGCUCAAUGUAAAGCUUAAAAAGGUGAUUGAAGAAUAUCGGAAUCAAGCUCAAAUGUUAGAUUCUGAAAAUAAGUAUGGACAGUAUAAUUAUAUUGAAAUUAUUGAUGAAUUUAUAAAGAAAAUCCAAGUUCGUAUUGGCACUAAGGAAUGGAUUUAUCCUGGGGGUCCGAGGUUAGAUCAUGCAGAUUAUAUAAACAACGCAAUCGAGAUCAAACAUAUCGGUGAUAAGGGUCGUGGUUUAGUUGCUAAUUGUGAUAUCCCACAGCAUACUCUAUUAAUUGUUUCGAAGGCUUUUGAAAUUGUAUUUGAUCAAGAGGUUCCAGAGUGCUUGAAUCUCAAUUUCAAUAGAAAAAUUAUGAACGAUGCCAAAUCAACAGAAUUAGUUACUUUGAUUGUCCAAAGGUUACGGGCUGAGCCACAACUUGCUCAGGAAAUCUAUCAACUGUAUGCUGGACCAACUAUGAUUCCCGGCAAAGAUCUUGACGAGAAAACAUUGAAUAUCAUUGACAUCGAGAGAAUCGAAAAAAUAGUCUAUUAUCAUCAGUUUCAAGCAGCCUAUCCAUGGGAAAAUUUUGAUCAAAAACGCCAAGAAGAUUGUUUUGAAUCGGGCAUAUGGAUAAUGCCUUCAUAUUUCAACCAUUCAUGCGUAGAUGCAAAUGUGCAAAGCAUUUAUUUAGGGGAUUUAAUGUUUGUACGUGCUCAACGCUCAAUCAGAAAAGGAGAAGAAUUAACUUUAGCCUAUUUUGACCAGUCAAAUUCCUAUGAAAAACGUAUAAAGUUGCUUAAACAUUUUGGCAUAAAAUGCCAAUGUCGACUUUGUAAAUUCGAGCGAGAUGAACCUAACAGAGUAAGGCAACGACGCAUAAACAUUGAAAAAAAGCUUUGUUCUGAGAUUAUACCUCGCAUUUCUCCUCGAUCUGAAAGAUUCUCGCUUUCUUCAUCAGUUAUUACUGACCUAGAAGGAAUGAUCGAUGAGUUGAAUUCACUCGGAUUAACAUAUCCUGAACUCGAGUUUUUGUCAUUGCGUGCCAAAGACGCGCUAUCUAUGACUUAUUUUAAUAUCCAUAGACUCACGGAGUCUAUGGGUAUUGCUCACCAGUUGCAUGACCAAAUGAAAAAGCGUAAUCUUUUUUAUUGGGCUUAUAAGUUUUCUUCUUUGUUGACUUUGUUGUAUAUGGUUACAAGAAAAGCUGAAAAGGCAAAGGUGUAUUUUAAUUUGGCUUUAUAUGAGAUGGUUGCGCCAAUUAUAGGCGAUUUCGACAUUAGAAAUAGUGAACAAAGAUCAAAAGCGUUGUCAAUCGCUGAAAAGUUAGGUAUGCAAUUUAUACCCGGUGAAAUGUUAGCUGAAUUGCUUUGA